CACUCCAACGUCUCUCUCCCCCCUCUUCCUCAAAUCCCUCCCUUCCCCCAAAUCUCGCUUCCCCAAAUCCGAGCUCUCGCUCUCUCUUCUCGGCUUGACCGGCGGGGGAGGGAUGGCGACGGUGACGCCGGGGGUGCUGCUGCGGCUGCUGCAGGCGAUGCACACGGAGGAGCGGGUGGCGGGGGAGCACCGGUCGCCGGCGCUGCAGGUGACGGCGGUCGUCCCGGCCCUGACGGCGUCCACGGCCGACUCGCUGCUCUCCUGCCCGGCCAACGGCUUCCUCCUGCAGCUCUCCGACGGGCUCCACUCCACCUACGUGCAGCCGUCGCCCGCCGACGCCGACGCGCUUCUCGCCGACAGACCGCACGUCGUCGGCAGCCUCGUCCACGUCGACCGCCUCCGCUUCGCCCGACCCGUGCCCCGCGCCGUCGGGCUCCGCCCUGUCCCGUCCUCCCGCGCCGCCGUCCCCUGCGUCGGCACCCCCGAGCCCCUCGUCGUCCGCCCCGCCUCCUGCGCCCGCGGGUACCUCAUCCAGCCCGCCGGCUCCCCCUCCGACUCCGCGCCGCCGCUCUUGCCCUCCGGCUCCGGUUCAUCCGGCGAUACCGCGGAUUCUGCUGCUGCCGCCGCCAGAAGGACGGUGCUCGCGCCGAGGAACGUCUCGCUCCCCGACGCCGCCGGGCCAGCAGGCGGGUGCACAGCCGUGAAGCGGCGGUUCUCGUCCCCGGCGCCGGCGAAGCAACGGGAUCCGUCGCCUGCAGGCAAAGGUGCGUCACGGGCGGCGUCGCCCUCGGUAAAAGCCGCCUCCAGAGCUGCCUCCCCCGCAGUAAGGGGCACGUCGAGGGCGUCCUCGCCGGCGCCGUCGAAAUGGGUGGUGCCCAGCCUCGUCGCGGCCCAGGAGGAGAACCGCAGGGCGGCCAAGGAGCCGGCGAUUGUCGUGCCGUCGAGGUACAGGCAGCCUUCGCCGGCAGGAGGGAGGAGGGGAGCGGCGUCGCCGGCAGGCGGCGGGAGGCGGGGAUCCCUGUCGCCCAGCUCCCGGCGGCUCUCGGGAGAAGGGGGAAGCAAGAAGAAGGUCGGGGUCUUGGUGGCUGGCAUCUCGAAGAUGACGGAUUUGUCGAGCGGGUCGGCCAUGAAGCCGGGGAGGAAGAGCUGGGACGAGUCGGCCAUGGCUCUUGCAGCUGCCGCGGCAGGAGGCUCGGUGAUGAAGUCCCGGGGCAAGUUGGGCAGGGAUAGUAUUCUGAGUUCUCAGGAAGCAAUGUCAUGGAGGCUAAGUGAUGCUACAACAGAACUAUCCAGUAAUGUUGAUUCAUCUGUUGAUGAGAGGCCAAAGCCACGAAAGAGGAUGGAUUCUGCUGCAGUGAAGACUAAAACAACCAUUGUUCCGAAAAUCAUGCUUCAUGAUCCUAAAUGGACUGAUGGCAGCAUUCCAUUGGGUUCUGUUUCAGAUAAACUUUCAAAGAUUGGAAAGGAAGCUACUGAAAGGAGAGAUGCGGCAGCAACUGCUGCAGCUGACGCUCUGCAGGAGGCAUUGAUCACUGAAUCAGUUAUCAGGAACCUAAGCAAGUUUUCUGAACUUUGUUCAUCGUCGAAAACCUCCAAUCCAUUCCCAACAGUGGACCUAUUCCUUGCUGUCUACGAAGACACUCUCAGGUGGAAGAAAAUCGCUGAGUCUAUGGCGGGCAACGGAGCAGAUGAAGCUGCAUUCUUGGAAAAAUCAGCUACCCAAUGGGUUGAAGCAGCAUUAGCAACUGAUCUGGAGGUCCUCAAGCUAAUCAACAGUGCCACUGGACCCACCUGCCAGAAGAAGAGCACCGAGAAGCCCAAGACUCCUGCAGUGGAACCACCAAGAACAGCAAGUCUUUCAAUGAGGCAACCACUUGGAGGAGGAGCUUCUGCCAAGGUCCUGUCCAGGGCCUCACCUCUCCCUGCCAACGCAUGGAACAAGACUCCGGGAUUGAUCGAAACAAUUGAGCUCGUCGAUGCCUUGUCGCGCGAUAUGCAAGCCUGGUUCUUGAGGUUUGUGGAUGACGCCAUCGACAUGGGCUUCCACCUAUUUGAAGACCAGAACAGCAUUGCAACAAGAGGGAAGCAUAGUGGCCACAUCACCAUGGUCCUCUCGAAUUUCAAGAAGAUCAGCGACUGGCUUGACAGAGUCGGGAAGAUCGCCGAGGACGUGGCGACCAAGGAAAACGUCGAGCAGCUCAAGCGCAAGAUCUACCAGUUCAUCAUCAGCCACAUGGGUUCUGCAUUUGAGAGCUCCGUUUCGGUUUCAACAAAGUGUUAAAAAGGGGGGAAUGCUUCAAGCUCUGAAGAUUCUCUGUCCAAUUGUGACAGUGGUAUAGGUCGAUUUUAAAAUUUAUGAGUUUGGUUUUCUUUGUGAAUAAGCUGAUUAGUCCAACUGUGUCCUUCAAAUGCUCGAUCUGUGUUUGCUUCAGUUAUGAAUGGAACCAAAGACCCUGUCCAAUUGCAUGCUUUCGUUUGCAAUGUUUUAUACUAUUUGUUUUUUAAAA